GAACUUUAUUGUUACGGGCUUACAGGACAUAGAUAAGUGCAGGCAGCAGCUGCAUGAUAUCACGGUGCCUCUAGAAGUGUUUGAAUAUAUUGAUCAAGGUCGAAAUCCCCAGCUCUACACCAAAGAGUGCCUGGAGAGGGCUCUAGCUAAAAAUGAGCAAGUUAAGGGGAAGAUUGACACAAUGAAGAAAUUUAAAAGCCUGCUGAUUCAGGAACUUUCUAAAGUGUUUCCAGAAGAUAUGGCCAAGUAUCGGAGCAUCCGGGGGGAAGAUCACCCCCCUUCCUAAGUGUGUGAAGACCUCCACAUCCCUUUAACUACUCGGACUGAUCCAGUGAGACGCUGUGCCUGCCAAUGCUGCCUUCCAGCCAUGGGGACUGGCCUCGCCCCUACCUCCUGCUCCCAUUGUUUGAUCUUGUGGGACUCUGGGACUAGAGGAGUAGAGCUGUGCCCCAGCAGCUCGCAGACCCUUGGGUGGUCCCUUCUUUCUCUAGGGAAAGUGGGCAGGAAGACAGCCUUGCUGAAAUGUGACGUGAGAUUGGGAUUCUACUUGAUAUUUUCUUUUUAUGUACUGUUCUGUUACAGGUUAGUUCUGUUACAGAACUAGGUUUUAUAUUUUACAUUUUCAGACAUGGUGCAUAAGAAUGCAACUGUUUUCAUGAGUCUCAACUAGACAUAAUAAAGUCUUAAGUUUUACAUGGC